GCUCAGUCAUCAGGUGGAAUAUUGUCCCCGACAGCAGCUCUCACGCAGAUCAGCCAUGCUCCAGCUCCUCGCGCUCCUGCUGCUGCUGAGCACGAGCGGCUCAGCUCUUCACAACGACGCCACAGAGUCAGUACACGCGCAUCCACCUCACGAGCCCGAAGACGAGCCGGCCGAGAAAGACCUGAACCAGGCGAGGAACGGCGGGAGAGGGCUGGCUGACUCUGUGCGUAACGGCCCGGACCAAAGCCAGGUGGGCUGCAGGGAGCUGAGGUCCACAAAGUACAUCUCUGAUGGCCAGUGUACCAGCAUCAACCCCAUCAAGGAGCUGGUGUGUGCUGGGGAGUGUCUGCCAGCCCACCUGCUGCCCAACUGGAUCGGCGGGGGGGCUGGGGUUUACACUGGGAGGCACUGGAGCCGCCGCGACGCCCAGGAGUGGCGCUGCGUCAUCGACCAGACCAGAACCCAGCGGAUCCGGCUGCAGUGCCAGGACGGCAGCUCCCGGACCUACAAGAUCACCGUGGUAACCUCCUGCAAGUGCAAGCGCUACUCCAGAGAGCAGAAUGACUCGGGACACAAGGACAGGUCCGUCCACAGAGGGAACGAGAGGAAACUUCAGAGGAAGGCUGGACCGCCUGAGGAGAAACCUGGGGGGCAGACCGAAAAUGAACAGAGUUAGUUCAUCAGGAAGUGUGGGGAGGAAGAGCAGGGGUGCGGAGCUGAUCCUGGAUGAGCCAUGUCUUCAUGAGGAUCGCAAUUAGCGUGAGCAUUAGCUAUUCUUCAUGAGGUCCACACGCAUACAAACAGUAACAUACUUUAGCCACCUGAACACAACACCUCAUCUCAUUUAGUUAACAAACAGGACUGAAAGUGAAACAAUAAUGACCAUCCUGCCGCAUCGUUAACCCACACACGAAACAAACACUUUCUCAAUAAUGAUUACACACUUCUACACACAUAAAGUAGUAAUUUGUGAAAAACAGAAGUAGUAGUGUCUGAAAACACUUUCAAUUAAAUAUUUAUCGAUCCUGUGUCUACAGAAAAGUGAAAUUCCAAGAACUUCAUUAAAUAAAUAUUUAAUCUAUUAUUGUGACAAAUAUUUUGAGAUCUGUUAGCCUAGCUUAGCAUAAAUGCUGGAAGCAGGGGGACACCGCUAGCCCGGCCCCGUCCAAAGUACGACCACCUAGAAAGCUCAAUGAUUUGUAUUGUGGUUUACUCUGUCCACAAAAAGGAAUGUUAAAAUCAGUAUUUGGCUUUAGGGUGAACUAUUUAACACUUUUCUCAUCUGCCGUCACUUCUGUAUGAUGUCCAGCUUCACUGUGAUGAAAGACCUCAGAAAGCUGCACACAGUCCCCACAGCUGUCAGUUCAUUAGCAAUAGCUUCAGCACAUAUAUGUCAUUUCUGUAUGUGUACAGAUGAAACAAAGAAAUGGUGUAAAGUAGUGAGUUUUACAGAACCAGGCUCCCUGUUUCUUAUUGCUUCCCCUCUUUAUGCUAAGCUAGGCUAUCUAUGAAUGGCAUCUAUUGGAAUCACUUGCAUGUCUAAAUCUGACAGGGGUGAAUCACGAACACAUCUUGAGACAUGAUGUGUUCACUAAAUGGUUAGAGCAGGCCUCUGUGCAAGUUAAGCUCUCAGCUGUGCUCUGUUAGGCAGCCAGACAAACCUGCAAAACACUGAUUAACCUGAUCCCAAAUACACUGACAGCCAUCCAGUGGGACUCUGGCAGGAAUCAUAACGGUGCUCAUUUUACUGCAGAGAAGAAUGGAGGAAAAGUUGACUCUAAAAUCCCAUUAAUCCACUAGAAUUUCAAGAACAUUUAAGAUGGCCAGAAACCAGAUUUGACAUUUAAUAUUAGGAUUAUAUAAACCCUGUACUUUACAAUGGUUUCCCUUUGAUGUUAUGGUAGCACACAAAAAAUGGUUGUUGUAACAGGAAACGUUUUUUGAAAGGAAAGCUAAACAACUGCUCCUCACCAGAGGGGCAGGCAGGUGUUGGUUUUUAUACUCACUUUAAAUGAAUAUUUCGAGUACUUCAGAUAAAAUUGUCUAUAUGGAAGUUUUACAUUCAGUAUCAACAGUUUGACAAUAAUCAACACCAGUUCCUCAUAAUGUUUCAUAGAAAAUGUAACCCAGAUGGCUUUAUGAUGACUUUGAAACAAAAUGCUGUUCCAAAUGAGUUAUAUAAACACAAGUUACAGGAGACAGGUCUGAGUAUAGUCCGUUUUAAACAGUAAGUAGCUUCUCAUCUAUGCUCGAUAUGUGCAUUUUGAACUGCUCUCAGAGUGCUGAUCCGACUCGGUGUGUAACGCUGUAGAGCCUUUGUGUGAAGAAUAUAAACUAUUAUCUAUUACAUAAUAAAAGCUCAACAGACUUAGGAUGCAAGACAUGUGAAACAUAAUGUUGCAAUGGUUUAUAAAAGUUUCAAAUGUGAAGUUCGAUGUAUUAAAUAGAAUGAUGCUUAGUUAGCGUGAGUGUUAUGUACAAUAUGUGGGGAGAUUUGAUGGGUUUUUCAGAGUGGCAUACCAUUUAUUUUUGUACCAGAACAGUCAAAGUUCUUUUUUUACAUUUAUAAUAAAAACAACAAUAUUGUUUACAGCACUGUGUUUGUGUCAUACUGCUGCCGGCAUGCCAGACAGGCUCAGAGCCAACAGGAACUCUCUAACAACAGAGGCAUUAGUGAGUGAUGAGGCUCUUUUCAUCAGACGCCACACUUUGUGUAACUGUGAAGGGGAUACCUUCCCCUCCAGGCUACUGGGGCUUGUUCCAGCUGCCGUGACAUGUUAACACUCUUUAUUGUUUCAUAUAUCCGUUCCUCUUUCCCCUCUGAAAGCUGUGGGCUGAGGCAGCAGUGAAUAGAAUCACCUGCACUGGACCACAGCAGGAUGUUUGACUUGUCUUACCUGCACAGGGGAAAUAAGUGAUGUCUCUUUGUCCAUAAUAUCCUGUGGGUACCGAACAAUGCAGAGUCGAGGAAUGUUGACGAGACGGU